UUGUACCCUCGCGCUCGUACGCCGGAGUUCUCGCGCACUCGCGAUGAGUAGGAUGGGGCGGUGCAGCGACCGCUCCGCACACCAGCAGCGCGGUGAGUGCUCUGCCGCAAGCAAGAGCGGCCAGGCGCGCUCGCAGCAGCUCAAGAGGUGCGCCGAGACGACCACUCCGGAGGAAGCAGCCGAAGGCCGUGCCAAGCGCCACGAUUCGGGAGAGGCGCGGCGCAGGAGGGUGUCAUCAGAAGACGGAGAAUAUACGACGGAUGAUGACUCCGACGAGGACGAGCGUGGGGGGGCGGCAGGGGAGGCGGCAACCAGCACCACAGCGGGUGGUGGAAUGCACAGCGGAGACCCUCCGACCCGCAAGAAGACCUCCGCGCGUCCGCGGCGUUGGCAGCCAGAGGAGGACAAGAAGCUCACGCUUGCCGUCAAGGAGUCCGGGGAGAAGGACUGGAAGUCCAUCGCCCUCAAAGUGGGCUCGCGUAACCACGUGCAGUGCCUCCAGCGGUGGAAGAAGGUGCUGCGUCCUGGUCUUGUGAAAGGCCAGUGGGACGCGGAGGAAGACGCGGCCCUCAUGAAGCUCGCGACAGCGCCCUUUAAGAAUUGGGGCGUUCUCUCCCAGAGCAUGUCUGGGAGAACCAGCAAACAGUGCCGAGAACGCUGGUGCCACCACCUGGACCCCAGCAUCAACAAAGGCGCUUACACGGAGGAGGAGGACAAAAUCAUCAUCGAGACCCAGGCUAAGCUCGGCAACCGGUGGAGCCAGAUCGCCGCUCGCCUCCCGGGCCGCACAGAGAACAGCAUCAAGAUCCGAUGCAAGGCUCUCCAGCGCAAGGUAUUGUCCGGCUCUCCGUCUAGCGGCGGCAGGUCGGGGUCGACCUCCUCCCCCGCAGGGCGCGCCCCCAAGAAGUCUACGGGGACGUCUACGACCGCGCGGCAGAGUCGGGAAUUGUCUUCGUCCAGCUCCUUGUCGGCGUCGGAGUCGUGUUCUUCCUUCGAGUCGGGGCUGGACACCAUGGCCGAGCAGCCGCCGUUGGCGCCGUUGGCGGUGCCCCCCCGGGCCCCGCUCCUCCCCGAGCAGCACCCACCGGUUCACUUCUCCCGGGGUAUGCACUUCAAGCUUGGCGGCGGCGGCGACGGCGUGCCGCUCCCACCGGCCGGUGCACCGCCGUGCCACGGCAACUCCGUAUUCUCGGGGCCGGGACCCGCGGCUCCCGCUCCGGGCUACGCGAUGCCACGGGCCGGGUUAGAGCAGGGUUGGUUCGAACCGAAACAGGACGCCGCUCAUCAGUUCCUGCUGCUGCAGCAGCAGCAGCAGCAGCAGCAGCCCCUUGGCAGCGGUUCCGCUAAGGUGGAGGGUGGGCUUUGCGCGCUCGCCCUAGACCGACAGCACCACCUGCUGCAGCAGCAGAAAUACGUUCCCCAACCAGAGCAGUUGGUCGACGUUAUUCCCGCCUCGCAACCGUUUCCGAGCGCCAUCAACAUCGACGGCGGUGGCGGCGGCGGCCGCGGCGGCGGCGGCGGGAUGUUCGCCAACAGCAGCGACCUGUCCCCCGCCGUAGAAGGGUUCCUGGUUCAGCCCCAGUACCAGCAUGCCCAGAAGCAGACCCCCUUAAUGCACGAGUACAUCCCGAGCGCGUUUCCACAAGAGGGGGAGCAGCAGCAGCAUCAGCAGGAGGGAGGAGUAGGGCUGCCGCUCGACGGAGAGCUCAUGUCUCACGCGGUGGCGGCGGUGGCCGCGGCGGAGGACCGUUAUGCCGGCGGCGUGGGGGACGGUGGCGGAGCCUACGGGAUUUGUCUGCCCGAGGAUCUGGCCUGUGACGGCGGUGGCCAGCGCGGCAACGGGGUCGGCCAGGGGGGCGACAUCAAGCCCAUCGGAGGAGCCAUCGGCGGAGAUGAAGUUGUCAACGAGAACGGUCCCAUCAAAGAGUGCUGCAGCUUCCUCGACCUGGCCAGCGCGGCGUCGGCGGAUGACAAUAUUAUCGGAGACGUGGACUCGUGGCGGCCGGUUUGAAUAUGACGAGCGGCUAUGUAACUUUUAGAGGGCUUGUAAGGAGCGGUGGCGGCGGUGGCGGCGGCGGUGGCGGUAGCAGCACGCCUCGGUUGGCGCUGCAUGUUCCUUUCUAUGUCAUCACAUUCGGGCGUGGCCUCGGCUUGCCUGCUUGUGGGUUUCGAGAUAGGUUUUCGGCUCUCUUGCCUUGUCGGACUGCUUUCACCGACAACCUCAAGAAGUCAAUGCUGGCCGACCGUUAGCUACCUCAUGCUCGGCGCGAGCUAGCGUUUAUGGUGCGUUUUGUUUGUUUGUCUUGUCAUGUUUUCCGACAAGGGUCGAGGGUGCAUGUGGCGCUGCUGCCUUAGCGCAGGUGUGAGAGACGGGCGUGGUUUGUGUUGCGGGUGUGCUUAGUCGGGGGUGGGGAUCGAAGGGGGGGUGGGGCUGAAUGUGUGGGAUGGCAACGGUACCGGAUCGCUCGCAGAGUGCGUGUCUUGCUGAGCAAGCGCCCUGGGUAACUGAGCUCCGAUCGGGGAGACGAAGGCGAGUUUGAUCGGACUUCGGACGAUUCUUACCCGGGCGUUUUGUGCUGAGGAGGGGGGGACGGGGGACGGGGGGCGGGGGGCGGCGGGGGGUCGUCGCAAGGAGUUCGUGCUCUUGUUUUUUACCCUUCUUUUCGUCUGUUGUCGUUUCUGUGUCCGAAUAGUGGAAGGUUAAGUGUUGGCUAUGUUCCGAGUGUUUGUACGACGAUGGUAGGCGUGAUGCUUUCCCUUCGCACAGCAGCAGCAGUGGCGCUUGCGAAGGACCCCUCGCAGUUUUUGUUGGGAGGGGACAGGGAAAGGGUGUAAGAGGAUGAUGAGCUGGCGGCCGGAGUUAUUCAAUACUCGUUGGCUUUCCAUUUUUCAGCAGGUAGACUUGUGUGGUGGCGGUACCACUUUUCUUCUUCGACCGUUGCUCUGGAUCGUGAGAACGGGGUCAUCAGGGGGGUGGUGUUGAGCACAAGGGACCACACUUGCACGCCCGCACGUCUAGGUGCGCGUUUUGUGGGGCCGUCUCGUGUGCGCUUGGGCACCGCGAUGGUAGUAGUAUGUAGCUUUUGGGGUGCGCGUACUCACCUUUUUUUUCUCGAAAGCUCUUUUUCAGCACACACAACUAUUCUUCUGCGGUUGUGUAUAUAUUUUCGGGAGAUCCUGCGUGCACCUACAGGGAAAGCCAGGUGGUAGCAGCUUCAGAACGUCGGUCGCGUCACUGUUCGGAAGCUAGCUACCUGUCGGCUGUUUACGGCAGUGUCAAUUUUUUUUGUGGCUUGUACAUGUUGCUGCUGCCGCCGCUGCUGUUGCACGGGAGCAGGUGUAGGUAUUUUUGUGGGUGUGGGUGCAGUGUAUGUUUUAAGGAGCGGCCCAAAAUCUCUUGUUUGUCCUUGGUUUUGUGUUAGAGGGGGCCUCUUUGCUGCCGCUGCGGCAGGAAAAGUGGUUCUCCCAAGCAGGAGGGAAAAGCCUUAUGCCACGCUGUUCCGCCGGCCCUUUUGUUAUUUUUUCCUCUGCCGCACCUACAGGGAAGAGAGUUGUAUACGUCCAGUCUUGAGCACCCGUUUCGAAUUCGUUUCUUUCUUAUUUUUUCCGUAUACUUACAAUGGUUUCAGCUUCACUGAGCUGUUGGAGUUGUGGAAUUGCUCCAGCCGCUGCGACCUCGUUUGGCUGCAUGCGCUUUGUUCCCCCCUUAUAAAUGCAAAGCCACAUUAGUGCAAGUGCCUAUACACCCCAUAUCUGGUGAGUUGUGUGUGGCGUUGACCGAUGAUAUGGAUUUUCGAGUUUCCUGAUAUGGGUGAAAGAUGCGCGUAUGAAGAGUAAGGUAGGAACAGGUUUCGAUGGGUUGAUUGCUUCGAAGUAUUUGAAGUAGGACUACAAACGGGGUGGGAUUGACCUGUUUCACCUGUUCAUAACAAUACUCACGGUACAUUCGUAGAUCUGUUUUUGGUGCGUGUGGGGGGGCCGGAAGGAGGGCGGGGGUUCAUAAUACAUAUGCAGUGUGAACGUGAUUAAUCUAAAGCGCCAUGCUCACGUCCACACUUUGCAUUCACGUACACUGGAUCCACACACGUACAGAUCGCGCCCGCACGUAAGAACCCCUAGUUUCGGCCGAGGCUGGGUUCUUAUUUUGCUGAUCAUCCUCUUGUGGGCUACAAAUGGCAGUUAUGUAUGUGUCAGUUUGGACUUCUUAACCGAGCUCACAAAUGGUGCUCAAGUUCUUAGCUUCUGUUUUUUUGCGAGUGUCAAUUUCUUAACUGCUAAGUUCUUAUGUGCGGGCGCUAUCUGUAUAUGAAGUAGAGUAGGAGGUAUAAUAGAAUCAGGUAUAAAUAACAAGGAGGGGUGCAUCAACCUUUUUCCGUAGAUUCUAGUUUACGCACCAGGUUCACUGUGCGUGGUGCAUUCCAAGUGCACCGGGGCGUGUAAAACCUCGUCUAACACGCCUUGAUUGAGUGGUUGGUGAGCGUAAGACAAUAUGUACAACGUUUGUGUGCGCGUACAAAGCAUCCAUGUCGCGACUGCUGCUCGCUGGUGUGCAUUAGUAUGCUAUUCGCAUUCGACUUGUUGGUGUUUUGUGACGUCGUGCGUAUUGUUGAUUGUUGAUUGUUUGAUGUCUUUCUUAGCGGCGUCCUCCUUUCGUUGAUGUUGUGCCGCAGUCGAGCGCGGCACCUAGAAUGAUGUACACUUGAUUUCUUCUUUCCUUUACGCUUGAUUGUUUUUCGUUUGGCGAGAGAAAAAAAAGAUCAGGAAUAGCUAAUUUUUCAUUCGAUGGGCUGUGUUGUUUUUUUCAAUGUUGUAAGAAAAGCACGUGUAGUGUGUUAUCCCUUUGUUGCGCAGUAACAAGUAAAUGAGAAAUAAAGUUAAGAAACGUGCAUGGUACUGCAGUUGUUUUCUUGUUGUCUGCCAUUUUUUCCGGACGUCGGUCCUUACUAAACCAUUUCCGUACAACAACGCA